GCUGAACAGUUACCAGAACGAAAAAGCGGCUCUCCGCCGCCGUCACCGCUGGCAGCGGUUGGGGGAAUUUUGAUGACGAUUCAAUUGAAGGCUCCAACUACCGUCACAGUUCGCAACUGUUUAGGUUUUGCCGAAACUCAUCACUUGUCCUCUGACGUUUGACCGACAAAAUUAAUCGCCUUUUUUACAGUUAAAUAAUGGAGCCACGCAAGUGAGUCACAGACGAGACAAGGGGAACCCUAAUAAAGAAAGAAAGCCAAGAGCGAGUUUCUGAUAAUCCGUCGUCUUCGAAAGAAACCCAACCGCUGCAUCAACGCUGGUUCUUGUUUUCGGGCUACGGUUUUUGGGUUAGUCGCAUUUGCCCCUGCGGAGAAGGCUUAGAGGGGAAAUUUGAUUGAAAUUGCUGUUUGACUGCUUCCUCAAUGCAUAUAGAAGCAGUGAUGAUGGGUUUAUUGAGAUCUAAUUGAUCCUGAAGGUUGGUUGUUCUUCUCAUCUGCUGUCAGAGAGUGGUAUCUUGACCUCCUCGACCUGCAAAAAAUGGGCGCUGAACUGAAAGCAGAAUUAUCCAAAAAAACUGUAAUUUUUGAUCUCAAAGUCUGGGAAUUGAUUGGGAUCAUUGUUAGUUUAUUUAUUGUAGUUAUCCUCUUUGCAUUAGCCUUUUAUCUCACAUUACGGAAGAAAUCAAGGAAAGCUAGAGAUACGAUUCCCUUUAGCCAAAUUCCGCCUGUUUCCAAGGAAAUUAAAGAAGUACGGGUGGAUCAGGUGUAUAAUAAUGAACUGGUUGCACGUGACGGUAUUCUACUCACUGUUCACGAUAAAUCCAGUGAUAAAGAAUUGGAUAAGGUUAUGGUUCAUCUGGGUAUGGGGAAGUUGAAGAAUGGGGAUAAGAGUAGUCAGUCUGGUUCAUUUCAUCGCUUGGACAAAGAUGCUGGAGGGUCUCAAUCAGGAGAAGAGGGGAGCUCUGGCAACUUUGGUGUGCAUAAAGCUUCUUCUUCACAUCCUAUAACUGCACCUUCUCCCUUAACUGGCCUGCCUGAAUUCUCUCAGUUGGGUUGGGGGCACUGGUUUACACUGAGGGAUCUUGAACUUGCAACAAACCGAUUUUCAAAGGAGAAUAUUCUUGGUGAGGGUGGAUAUGGAGUUGUUUAUCGGGGUCGUUUGGUAAAUGGGACACCAGUGGCUGUCAAAAAGCUUCUGAACAAUCUAGGCCAGGCUGAGAAGGAAUUCAGCGUGGAAGUUGAAGCUAUUGGACACGUGCGUCACAAGAAUUUGGUUCGCCUUUUAGGCUACUGCGUUGAGGGAACCCAUAGGUUGUUAGUUUAUGAAUAUGUCAAUAAUGGUAAUUUGGAACAGUGGCUUCAUGGAGCCAUGCGCCACUAUGGACAUCUUACUUGGGAGGCUAGGAUGAAGGUUCUCCUUGGCACUGCUAAAGCUCUUGCCUACUUGCAUGAAGCAAUUGAGCCAAAAGUGGUGCAUAGAGACAUUAAGUCAAGCAAUAUACUGAUUGAUGAUGACUUCAAUGCUAAGGUUUCUGAUUUUGGCUUGGCUAAGCUACUUGGUGCAGGAAAAAGCCACAUCACAACUAGAGUAAUGGGAACCUUUGGAUACGUUGCCCCAGAAUAUGCAAAUUCUGGACUUUUGAAUGAAAAGAGUGAUGUUUAUAGCUUUGGGGUUUUACUUUUGGAAGCAAUUACAGGACGGGAUCCAGUGGAUUAUGGUCGACCUGCCGAUGAGAUAAAUCUGGUUGAUUGGUUGAAGAUGAUGGUUGCAAGCAGGCGCUCAGAGGAGGUGGUGGAUCCAAACAUUGACACCAGGCCAUCAACAAGAGCCCUUAAACGAGCCCUUCUGACAUCAUUGAGAUGUAUAGACCCAGAUUCCAGCAAGAGACCCAAAAUGAGCCAAGUUGUUCGUAUGCUCGAAUCAGAAGAAUAUCCCAUACCAAGAGAGGACCGGAGGCACCGGAGAACUCAAGCAGGUAGCAUGGAGAUUGAAUUCCAGAGGGAGAACUCUGACACUGACAAGAGCGACAACCCGGAUCCGAGGUCGGAGAGCAGAAGAAAGCCUAGAACAUAGUCUCCCCUCCUUUCAGCAGAUCUGGGAAUCAUAAAAGCGUACUGGAAACGCAAAUUCUUACCAUUUUAUGAAGCUUCUGAUUGUGAAUGCUUUGAGGGGAGAGCAAAGCAGGGGGGCUUCAAUUUGUUUGGUGGGGGGGGGGGGGGGGGGAGAUUCGUUGUUCAUUUUUCAUUUGAAUAGAUGCAAAGAUGAUUGCUCUUUGUGUACCCACGAGGUGUGAAAAUGGCCAAGUUGUUUAAGACUAAUU